GUCGUCAUCGUCGUCAUCGUCGUCGUCGUCAUCGUCGUCGUGAUCCUGGCGGACAUCAAAGUCGUGGUCUCCCGACAGUGCAUGCGGACGACGGUUGCAGUCAGCGCGAAGCCGAAGAUUACAUCUCGGAUUUUGCUUCUCUGCCUGAAAGAUCAUGGGCACUCGUCUAGGUAGUGCUUGAGCUUUGUUGCCAGCCACUAUUAUGUAGGCGGUGUACGCUUAUACUCGGACGCAGCAGCGCUUCCCAUCUCAUAUGAUCUUUUUGCUGGAGUUCCAAAUAUUGUAGUAAAUAUGUGAAUAAAAUGGAGUCGGGAAUUCUCGACAAGGCAAGAGCCUGCGGAUUAUAGAGUUGAAUAGGUCGGUUAUCGCGGAAAAGGAGGCACAGCAGAGCCGUCGCCGAGUUGAACACGACCCGCUAUGCACCGGGCCUACCUAUCCGACGUAGAAAAGGCCGUGGCGAAAAAGACACGAUGGGUUCAUCGUACAGUCAACAGUGGGUGGAGAGCUAAUCAAAGUACGGAUAACAAGGCUACCGACCUUGGUAGGGAAGGAGGGAGGGUAGGCCGCAGUUGCUCAAGUGUGUAAGGUUCCGUACGU